GCACGAAGCCAGGUUUAAACAACGUAUGCUGGAACUAACAGACACGAACAACAUUGCCUACUUAUUUCUUUCGGCUGCCAACAGAUGGCUGGAGGUCAGGACGGAUUACCUCGGUGCUUGUAUAGUGCUGACGGCGGCGGUCACGUCCAUCACUGAAGGGCCUAACUCAGGGUUUGUGGGGCUAGGUCUCCUGUACGCUCUGACGAUAACCAACUAUUUGAACUGGGUGGUAAGGAAUCUGGCCGAUCUGGAGGUGCAGAUGGGCGCAGUAAAAAAGGUGCACAGCUUCCUGAACAUGGAGUCGGAGAACUACGAUGGCUACUUGGAUCCCUCUCAAGUCCCCAAAGACUGGCCCCAGGAGGGGGAAAUCAAGAUUGAAAACUUGUGUGUUCGAUAUGAAAACAACCUGAAGCCUGUUCUUAAGCACGUUAAGGCGUAUAUCAAACCAGGACAAAAGGUUGGGAUCUGUGGUCGUACUGGCAGUGGCAAGUCAUCCCUGUCCUUGGCGUUCUUCAGAAUGGUGGACAUAUUCGAUGGGAGGAUAGUGAUUGACGGCAUAGACAUCAGCAAAUUGCCUCUUCAUACGCUUCGUUCCCGACUCUCCAUUAUUCUCCAGGAUCCCAUAUUGUUCAGUGGCUCCAUCCGCUUUAAUUUGGAUCCAGAAUGCAAGUGCACUGACGAUAGGCUCUGGGAAGCUUUGGAGAUUGCUCAGUUGAAGAACAUGGUCAAGACAUUGCCAGGAGGCCUUGAUGCAAUGGUAACAGAGGGAGGAGAGAACUUCAGCGUAGGGCAAAGGCAGCUCUUCUGUCUAGCCCGAGCCUUUGUCCGCAAGAGUAGCAUUCUCAUCAUGGACGAAGCCACAGCAUCUAUUGACAUGGCCACAGAAAACAUUUUGCAGAAGGUUGUGAUGACUGCCUUUGCAGACCGCACAGUUGUAACGAUAGCGCAUCGGGUUCACACCAUCCUCACGGCAGACCUGGUCAUCGUCAUGAAGCGAGGGAACAUUUUGGAAUAUGAUACGCCUGAGAACCUGCUUUCUCGAGAAGACGGCAUCUUUGCUUCCUUUGUCCGGGCCGACAUGUGAAGCAGCGCGUUACGCAUUUUAAGAGCUUAUUUUUAAACAAAUGAAAUGCAAAUAUUCUCUGUUCGAUGUAACAUCACUUUUAUCUGGUCUUUUAGAGCAUCUUUCUUCAAACUUCCAUCUUCCAAAAUAAUAAAACCUAAUGCAAUACGUGAAUGCCUCA